AUGAAAUUACUAAUAUUAGCCAUCCCUCUCCUUCUCUUCAAUAGCGGUAGAUUGACUGCAGAUAUUUAUGUUGAAUCACUUUGCACCUAUUGUAAUGCUAUUACAACAUCAGACAUUGAGAAAAUGAGAUAUGUUGUUGAUGGAAAUGGUUAUUUACUUUUUAACACGGAAAGGCCGCUUAAGAUAGUAUUCAGCAAGCAUUAGGAAUUGUAGUCGCAGAAAUUCCAAAAGCAUGAGUUGUCUAUUGCAUCCAAAAUUUUAUUUAAAAACCUUACGCGAAUAAUUCAUUUGUUUAAACUACAUCUCAAAGCGAAUAAUAUUUUCCUUAUAAUGCAAAUCAUGUCUUCGAUUGUGCAAAUACUUCUUAUGGAGAAUUGUUACAUUUAAUUGCUGCUAAUGAAACUCAUAAUUUAGUUCCUAAACAUAUAGGAGUUCCCUGGGCAGUAGCCAAUAGUCAAUAUACUGAGGAAACUGGCGAUGAGAUUAUUAAUAAUUUGCUUAGAUGGGCAUUUAAAAAUUAUGAUGGAGAAAAAUUGCUGUUUGUUAAACUUAACAAGAAUGAUUUAAUAAUUAAUAUAGAUAAUCACAUAAAUUAAACUGUCUCUAGUUUAACCUGUUAUUAAUAUAAUACACUCUUAUGCUAUUAUUUGA